CGCGCCCCGCGUCUCGCCCACGCUCCCUCUCUCACCAGGAGGGAGGAGAGGAGACCGGGGCCGAGACGCGAACGCGCGGACCCCUCGAGGGCGAGGACGCGCACGCAGCCACCGGCCAGGCGACUACGGCUCCCGGCGGCCAGGUUCGGGCUCUGCUCCCGGGGACCGGGGGCCCGCGCGGGGAAGCGGCAGGCGCGUGCUGUCUUGACCCGCUCCGCACCCCUCCCGGCGGCGGCGGCGGCGGGCGUGGUGCUCCUUUGCCUUUGCGGCAGGUGCCUGCUUGUCUGUGAUUCUCCUCCUGCGUCCUCGGCGCCAUGGAGGCCGGCUACUGCAACCGCAAGAAGACCGACGGCAUCUGCGAGGGCGUCUGCGACAGCGAGCUUGGUUCAAAGUCAGUCCUGAGCAUGUCAAGGUUGAAGUGUGCACUGCGAGGAUUUGAUCUGAGGGUUCUCUUGAUUCUGCUGAUUGGUGUGCCAAUUCUGAUCUUUGCCAUAUAUGUGCAUGGCCAGAAGGUGACUUACUUCCUCCGACCAAUCUGGGAAAAGCCCCCGAAGCCCUUCACAAUACGCCCUCACUACUAUCAUGAAAAUGUCUCGAUGGCCAACCUCUGCAAGUUGCAUGGAUGGAAAGUCAGGGAGACUCCACGCCGUGUCUUCGAUGCUGUGCUCUUCAGCAAUGAGCUUGACAUCCUUGAUAUCCGUUGGCACGAGCUUAGCCCAUAUGUGUCAGAAUUUGUGCUGCUUGAAUCCAAUUCAACCUUCACUGGCAUAAAGAAGGACCUUCACUUCAAGGAAAACCGCCAACGGUUUGACUUUGCUGAAUCACGGUUGACCUAUGGUAUGAUAGGCGGAAGGUUUGUGAAGGGAGAAAACCCAUUUGUUGAGGAAUCAUAUCAAAGGGUUGCUCUCGACCAGCUCAUUAAGAUUGCAGGCAUCCAAGAUGACGACCUGUUGAUCAUGUCCGAUGUUGAUGAGAUCCCAAGUGGUCAUACCAUCAACCUCUUGAGAUGGUGUGAUGACAUUCCUGAGAUACUUCACCUCCAGCUGAGGAACUAUCUCUACUCAUUCCAGUUUUUACUCGAUGACAAGAGCUGGAGGGCUUCAGUACACAGAUACAGAGCUGGAAAGACGAGGUAUGCACAUUUCCGGCAAACAGAUGAACUUCUGGCUGAUUCAGGGUGGCACUGCAGCUUCUGCUUCCGCUACAUAAAUGACUUCAUCUUCAAGAUGAAAGCCUACAGCCACGUCGAUCGGAUCAGAUUCAAGUACUUCCUAAACCCGAAGAGGAUUCAGCACGUGAUUUGCGAAGGGGCUGAUCUUUUCGACAUGCUCCCUGAAGAAUACACAUUCCAAGAGAUCAUUGCCAAGCUGGGGCCUAUUCCAAGUACAUUCUCUGCUGUUCAUCUCCCUGCCUAUCUGCUGGAGCAGAAUGAUCGGUACAGAUAUCUCCUUCCAGGCAACUGCAUUAGAGAGAGUGGCUAGGCAGCUGCUACUGUCUGCAUCAUGACCCUGAGGCGCACAGACGUCGCUCGCGGAUGUCCCCCGCACUGGAGGAGCGCCCUGCCGUGGUGGGGUUGUAUUUCUCAUCCGAUUGGCUGACUUAGUUGAGUGAUCGCUUGGCUGAUGGUGGAGUUCAUAUGAGAUUUUGUACCGUGUAAUGGAAACCAUGGAAGGCCUGACAGCAGCAUAGGGGCAUGCUUUGAUCGCAGCUGCGUUCUUGUUUUGCAGAGGAGCUCAGCAGUGUGUGUGUGCUUUUAUACCACCUGAGUUUUUAUUCAUUGCUUCCAUGAUUGAUAUAUGAACUCAAACUAUUUGUAGAUCUCAUACCGAGCGACAUUCAGAUUCUUUCCUCUUUUUUUUUCUUUGCUCUCGCCUUGUGAUGUACAUUGCCAUUCACUUACCCUAGUUACCUCUUACCUGAGUCAUGUCAUGUGUAUGCUUUCAUUCCAAUUUCUGAUUAUUGAUUGACAGCGGCUCUAUAUCA